GCGGCCAUCUUGCUUGGGCUAGUCUGGCAUCUGCCACCGACGGCAUUCACUCACCGACUGUGAGGCGAUUCCAAGCAAAUUUGACUCUUUCUUGAGCUUUUCGCAAGCACGUCGGUAGACGCCGUCCGUCCUCUGGCUGACUUGUUGUGAAACCUCGCCACAACCGCCAGGAUGGGAAACGUGUUCGCAGGAAUUUUCAAGGGCCUUUUCGGCAAGAAAGAGAUGAGAAUUCUCAUGGUGGGAUUGGAUGCCGCUGGAAAGACCACUAUUUUGUACAAACUCAAGUUAGGAGAAAUCGUAACGACCAUUCCUACUAUCGGUUUCAAUGUCGAAACUGUCGAAUACAAGAACAUAUCCUUCACAGUAUGGGACGUCGGCGGUCAGGACAAGAUCCGCCCUCUCUGGAGGCACUACUUCCAAAACACUCAGGGACUCAUCUUCGUAGUGGACUCUAACGACAGAGAAAGAAUAGGCGAGGCGAAAGAAGAACUUAUGCGAAUGCUGGCCGAAGACGAACUGCGAGAUGCCGUGUUGCUCAUCCUUGCCAACAAGCAGGACCUUCCCAAUGCUAUGAACGCCGCCGAGAUCACUGACAAGUUGGGUCUGCAUUCACUAAGGAACCGAAAUUGGUACAUCCAAGCCACGUGCGCCACAUCCGGCGACGGACUUUACGAAGGUCUCGACUGGCUCUCGAACCAGCUUAAGAAUCAGAAUUCUCGAGGCCUCUUCCCCGACCCGUCUCCGCAAGCGGAGAGGACCGUUCUGGAAACGGUCACGGGAAAAGUCGCUUCCGACCUCAACACGAACCGUUUCCUUCUGCCCAAUAGUCCCCACAUGACGGCGUCGUCGACGGCGGCGGCGGCAGCGUCGAGCUCUCACGGACGAGCAGCCUCUGCUGUUUCUGUCGACGCGGGCAGAGGAACGACAGCUGCCAACUCGGCUGCCGGGGGCUCCGGAGCGGCCGCCCCGUGUGCCGCGGGCGCUAAUUCCGCUAACAACGCUAACGGUAGCCAGCCGCCGUCGCAACGGAGCGAUCAGGUCACCGUGGAGAUUUCCAGGAAAACCCGCGAGCAGCGGCGCAAAGAAAUAAAGAAAGAAUUUGAAAAAUGGGACCCCGGUGAAAAAUCCGGCUGUCGAUGGACGUUCGUGUUCGAUCCGUCGGGACGUCUCUGCUACUACUGGUCGUUAGUGGUCAGUAUAGCGUUCCUGUACAACUUCUGGGUCAUAAUCUACCGGUUCAGCUUCAGUGAGAUCACCGCAGAGACCCUACCGAUAUGGUUCACGCUGGACUAUAUGGCCGACUUUCUCUAUGUGCUGGAUAUAUUUUUCCAUUUUCGGACUGGCUACCUCGACGAAGGCGUGUUACAGACAGACGGUGAAAAACUCCGUAACCACUAUCUCAAUUCAACAAUGUUCUACAUCGACGCACUGUGCUUACUGCCAUUGGAUUUUCUCUAUCUGUCGAUACAUUUCAAUUCGAUUCUACGAGGUUUCCGACUCGUGAAAAUCUACCGCUUCUGGGCCUUCCUCGACAGAACGGAACGGCACACCAACUAUCCAAACGUGUUUCGUGCAAUCAACCUCACCCACUACGUGCUCGUUAUAUUCCAUUGGAACGCUUGUAUAUCACACAUUAUCGACAAGAACGACGUAUUCGGUUCGGGGGAAAGCUGGUUUAACAACUCGAUGUGCGGAAAUGACACUGUUUGCGAGUACCUGCACGCAUUCUAUUGGUCGACACUAUCGUUUACUACGGUCGGAGAUCUCCCGAGACCAAGGACCAAAGGCCAAUACUUGUUCCUCAUCAUACAGCUUGUUCUAGGAUUGUUUCUAUUUGCAACGGUGCUCGGCCAUGUUGCCAAUAUUGUGACAAAUGUCAGUGCGGCGCGCAAAGAGUUCCAAGCGAAACUGGACGCCGUGAAAACCUACAUGAGGAUGCGCCACGUUCCGGAUCAUCUGCAGAACAAGGUCAUUCGGUGGUUCGACUACCUGUGGAUGACUCAAAAGUCGUCCGACGAGGAGCGCUCCGUCGGCUGUCUUCCGGACAAACUCAAAGCCGAAAUCGCAAUCCACGUCCAUCUCGACACCCUCAAACGAGUGGAGAUCUUUCAGAACACCGAGGCAGGCUUUCUCUGUGAAUUGGUGCUUCGACUUCGGCCCGUGCUCUUUUCGCCUGGAGACUACAUAUGCAGAAAAGGCGAGGUUGGAAAGGAAAUGUAUAUUGUGAACAGGGGCAAACUACAGGUCGUCGCCGACGACGGAAAAACAGUGUUAGCUACACUACGGGCCGGUAGUUACUUCGGAGAGAUCUCAAUCCUCAACAUGGGCACUGCGGGGAACCGCAGAACUGCCUCGGUCCGCUCCGUCGGCUACUCAGAUCUGUUCUGUUUGUAUAAGCACGACAUGUGGGACGUGCUGAAGGACUAUCCAGCCGCCAGAGUGCGACUAGAAGCAAUAGCCGUGAAACGCCUAGAAAAGUACAAAAAGGAGCCCAUUAAGAAAAGUAGGUGGUUGACGCCGCUGACCCAAGUCCACUUGGCACAAUCCUACCUCACACAUCCGAGCGACUACUGUGACGGUUUACCGCUCACACCCAACUAUCCCUAUGCGCGCAUGCAUCCGCUCGACAGAGCCGCCAGAUCUAGGGUCUACGCUUCCGAAGCCGGACUCGGCGAAGAAAUGCUUGAGCUUGAAAAAGUGGCCAUGGGGCGCAGCAGAAGCACCCCAGGAUUGCUCGAGUCUCGCGGAAAGAAGACCCUGGAAGAUACUCCCGUUCAGGACAAUGGAGUUGCUCGACCUAAACCCACAAAAGCAUCGUCUACCUGUUCGAGUCCUAGAGGCCAACGAGAAGGACAUUUUUUGAAUUUGCCACCGGGGUCUCCUCAACACGCUGGAGGCAAUUUCACGUUGCAAGGGCCUCACGCUUUCAUUCCCAUUCCAACUGGAACGCCAGUUCUCGCGAGUCGAAGCUCUCCGUAUACCGAUUACACGAACGUCAGUCCCGUGAGCAGCAGCAACGAACCAACCACAGUAGCGCCACCUACCGCUCUUUAUGGUACUUCUCCGGGCAACUCAAGUACUGCGAUUGGGACAGGGCAAACUCAUUUGUUUGUGCCAAACCCCCUUCAGACGUCAGGGAUCCAUAGCGGAGCGCACAGUCCCACAGUGUUGGGGAGCGCGCCCAGGGACCAAGAAGACCUACUCAACGAAAUCAAACGUCUCCGUGAACGGCUUGUAACCCUGGAAACCGAAAACGCUACCAUGAGUAUAAAACUGUCGCAAUCGACAUGGCAAGUCGAAAGUCGUUUAGCAGAAAUCGAGAUGCACAUCUCUACGAAAAACCAGCACCAGUAUUCACCGCAACAACCCCGUAAGUGA